AUGGCGGCGGCGCCGCCGCUGCGGGAUCGACUAAGCUUCCUGCACCGGGACUUGGGGAGCGCCCUGUUCUCAGAUGCUAUGUCGCCACUGCCUGCCGCCCGGACCCUCCGCCCGCUGCCUUCUGCCGGCAUGGGCUCCCAGCCCCAGCCCCACAGUGCCCUGCAGGGCUUUGGCUACAGCCAGGAGACGGGCCGUGCAAGCUCAGCCGGGGAGGCCCUCCUCUCCACCAUCCAGAAGGCUGCGGAAGUGGUGGCAAACGCCAUGCGUCCUGGACACGAGUGGCCCAGCAGCCAGAGGCCUGCAUCAGGGGGUGACACCUACCAGCCCGCUGUGACGCCACCAGCCUGCCCUGGCCACCCACCUCCUAGGAGGCCAUCCGCAGGGGUCAGCCCGGGUGCCCGAGCCACGCGACACCAGCCAGGGCAACCCGGCGGUGGCUGGGAGGAGCCCGACAGCAGCCCCAGCUCCCAGGGGUCUUCCCAGGAGAAUGGCAUCCACAGCCAGGCCUCAGACUCCAGCAGUGGUUGUAGAGCUCUGUGUGCCCUGUCUGCCCUCGGCGGUGCUGACCUGCUGUCCCAGGAGUACCUACUCCUCCUGGCCCGGCCAAGCCUCCAGGAGCUCAGCGCGGGCAUCCCCGGGCCCGUGACCAGCAAGGCCACCAAGAUCCUGAGGCACUUUGAAGCCUCCUGUCGGCACCGGCCCACUCCCUGGGGGCUCUUGGGCGAGUCAGACCCUGCUGGGCCUCAGGAGGCCCGAGCCUGUCCUCCUGACCUGCUGACUGACGCCGAGCCUCUUAUGGGCGGCCAGCCGUCCCUGCAGCCUCUGAGCUCAAUUUCUCCCCUGCCAGAGGGCCCCCCGCCCGCAGGGAGGCUGCAGCCCAGCCCUGCACCCACCCUGGCUCCUAGGGACACACGUCCAGGUGGGAAGAGUACCAGGGAGGCUGAGAAAGCCCCGGCAGGUUUCCAGGGGUUGGGGGCCAAGUCUGAAACCACAGACGGAGGCCUGGAGUCUGGCACAGGCCCAGCAGGCUGCCAGUGGGCCCCAGCGGCCAGCAGCAGCAACUCCUUAUUCGCGGGCAUGGAGCUCGUGGCCUGCGCCCGCCUGCUGAAGGCCAGAGCUUCCGCCGAGAAGCCCCUGCCGGCCCACUCAGCUCCUGAGGCCCCUCGGACGUUGCCACCCAGAGCAGCUGCCCAAGCACCCCCUGCCUCAGAGCUGUCAGCAUUCGAGUUCCUGAACGCGUGA